UUCAGUUUUUAAAUGCAAUCGGAAGAAGUUUAAUUCAAUAUUUUGGUAAAAUAAUUUGAUGAACAACAUUAUGGGUAACGAAGCGAGUGAAUUCCACAAACAAUGUUUAGAAGCACACAAUGCGUACAGAAAGAAACAUAAAGUAGCAUCGUUGAAACUUGAUAAAGAACUUUGCAUUUAUGCACAAGAAUGGGCUGAUUCCAUCGCAGCAAAGUCAGUGAUGCAGCACCGUAGCAACAGCAAAUAUGGUGAAAACAUUUAUUACUUCUACAGUUCUGAUCCAAAUCAUAAAGUCCAUGGAAAAGACGCUGUUGAUGUUUGGUAUGAUGAAAUAAAACAGCAUACGUUCGGAGUUGAACCGAAAACAAUGGGAACUGGACAUUUCACUCAAGUUGUGUGGAAAGACUCGAAGCACCUUGGUGUCGGUGUCAGUAAGAACAGCAAAAAUCAAGUGUUUGUUGUAUGUAAUUACGAUCCACCGGGAAAUUAUGUCGGAAGAUAUAAAGAAAAUGUACCAAAGGUCGGAGGGUUUUGAAUUAGUGCAAAAUUGAAUGUUUUCUCCUUACAUUUAUCAUCUCAUUUUGUUCCAUGAAAUAGUUGACUCAUGUAUGUAUCACUUCUCAUAUACUUGAAUCAUUCAAUAAAUUUUUAUUUAAACAUGACAGUAAAAGUAAAUAUUUUUUCUUUGGAAUCUUAAAAGUUUUAUCAGAUGAACAACUCAUACAUCAAAAUAAAAAAAAAUUGUAUUCAGUCA